AUGCAUCUCGUCUGUCUUGGCGUUAUGCGGUGCCUUCUGAGAAACUGGGUUAGCCAAGGGUUCGGGAGACGCCUAAGUCGACAGCAGCGUGAAAAUUUGAAUGAUUUACUUCGAAGUUGCAGUAAGCGUUUCCCCAGAAACUUUCAAAGGAAGCCAAGAGGCACUGAGGAACUUGACCGGUGGAAGGCCACAGAGUUUCGAAGCUUCCUCAUGUAUGUGGGACCUGUGGUUUUGAAGCAUGUGUUGCCAAACGAUCAGUACCGUCACUUUUUAAAGCUGCAUGUGGCAGUGAGAAUUCUUGUAUCUCCUGCACAUUACGAGGUUUAUAACGGAUUUGCCAGGGACCUUCUUAGGUACUUUGUGCAGGAGUUUGGCACCUUGUAUGGGGCCAAGCAGCUCGUUUACAACGUGCACACGCUCAGCCAUCUGGCUGAGCAGUGUUUGGACCAUGGCCCUCUUGACAGUUUUAGUGCGUUUCCUUUUGAAAGUUUCCUGGGUAAGGUUAAGAAAAUGCUACGUUCAACAAGCAAGCCUUUAGCGCAGAUCAGCAGACGAAUGUCUGAAGUCAGACAUUUGUAUCAACCUGAGAUUUCGGAACCGAAACGCAUUGUCAAAGCAGGUCAGUGCUUCAUGCUGAACGAGUCUGCAGUUGUCGUCUUGAAGCUCCUUGAAGACAGGUUCAAGGCAAGCAUUCUGCCAAACAUGACAGAUUUUUUUGAACUGCCGAUCAAGUCGUCCGCCAUCGGCAUCUGGCAGUGCGAUUCCCUCACGCACGUGACUAAAAUGUACAACCUUUCUGAACUUGACACUGCUGUUCAAUACCUAAGACUGGACUACAAAAGCAGACAUGUCAUCCUUCCACUUCUACAUCUGCUGUAG